AUGAGGAUCGGUCAUCCGCGGCCUCCAUCUCCAUUUGAUUUAUUCAUCCGUAGUCGAGUUGGAGUGGUCCGUAGUGAUAAACAAGUUUUAUCGACAAAAGAUGAUAGUAUGAAUAAUAAAAUUGGACAGAUAUCAAGUAAAAAAAUUGAUCGAAAUGAAAAGGAACAUUUGGAACAACGUAAGGUGUCGCUUUUGGAACAGAUUGUUCGUUCUCAUCCCAUAUGGUAUCUGCCUUACAUUGGUCGGUCCGCUGCAGUUCACCUUCUUAGACCAAUGGAACAAGGGGCGUUUAUUGUUCGAUCAUCAUCAAAAUCAAAUGCAAUGGCUCUAAGUAUUCGUUUGCCGUCGGAUUUCGAUGCAGAUAUAGAUCAUUAUUUGAUUGAAUCUAUAGCGGAUCGUACUGUUCGACUCGAAUCGUCACCAAAUAAUUUUAAAUCCUUACCACUCCUUAUUGAACAUUAUUGUCUUAAUGGUGAAGAACUUCAAACUUGCCUAGCUCUGCCAGCUGUAAUCGCAAGUUGUCGUACAAGUGUACAGUUGCAAAGCAUUGCUUUGAUGGGUCAAGAAGAAAUCCUUACAAUUAGUCAAAAAUUUGACCGGAAACGUCGUGAAGAUUGUAAACAAAUGAGUUCGCUCACAUGUAUAGCUCUAUUCACUUAUAAGAUAUAG